AUGUACAUUGAUCAGUACAAUGAAUCCAUUUUCAAUUGGAUCGAGGAGGAGAUUCCUGAUAAAUAUGAUUCAAUUGUAAAGGAUGAAGACCAAGUUGAUGAUUUUACAUUUUCGGACACGAUUUUACCUGGCCAUGAAGAGGAUGACGUGGUGUCAAGUAGGAAACCACUUGAUCAUUCAUUUCUUAAUGCCCUUUGUCCUAACAAGAAACUAGAAGAUGGUUCCAACACAGAUGCAACAGACGAAGAAGUUGAUGUGAAACCAACGUAUCAUGUCCAUGAUCAAAACCAAAAUUGGAAGAAGAUGGUUCCUAUACUAGGUAUGAAGUUUUAUGACCCCAGUGAGCUUAAAUGUUUACUGAGUAAUUAUGUUGUUAGACAUGGAUACAAUUUAUGGAAAUUGUUUUGGGCUGCUGUAAAUAGUACCACUGUACCACAGUUUGAAGAAGCCAUUGAUGGAAUUAAGAAAUUAAACCCCAAUGCCUAUGAUCAUCUUAUUGACAGGGAACCAAAAUAUUGGUUAAAGGAUUUCUUUGUAUAA